AUGGGGAUAUUUACCUUUCAGAGGCCCCCAGUAUCCUUUGAGGAGGUGGCUGUCUUCUUCACACAGGAUGAAUGGGCUCUGCUGGAUCCAUCCCAAAAAGCCCUCUACUGGGAAGUCAUGUGUGAAAAUUACGAGUCUGGAGCUUCUGUGGGACUUUGGGUUCUUGGUCAAGUCCUGGAUUUUGAGCUGCAUCCAAGGGAGAUGUUCUUCCUCCAGAGCUCUGAGGAAUCGGGAAGGGGCGCAAGUGCCCCCUUGUCAGAACAAGUUCCGAUUCCCAGAGAGGACCGCAUCUCUUGUCUAGUGGAAGAGGAAGAGGAGUUUGUCCAGGACUCCAAGGAAGCAGAGCUACCAGCAGCCUUCUGUGAGGCCUUGAAGGAAGAAGAAGGCCUUGCCUCAGAAGAAGCGCUGGAGAGUUUACCUGGAGGAUCUCAAGAGAACAUUUCCUUCCCAACUGAGCAAGGAGAUGAGUGGGAGGCAGAGAAUGAGAGGGAACCAGGAGGGAUGUCUGCAGAAAAAGAGGAGUAUCUGGAGGCAGAAGAGGAACCUGGGAAUCGACAGAGAGCCAAAAAGCAGUGGAGAUCAAAAAAGGAAGGAAAAUGGAAGCAGAGGAAAGAAUUGGUUCCCUGUCAGGGCCAGAACUUGCAUGAGAUCUCAAACCAAGACAAUAUGCCGAAGAGAACGAAGGGGAAUAAGUUCCCUGUGGAUGGGAAAGGGUCCUGCUGCAAAGCCAGUGAUAAGAAAAAUCAGAAAAUCCCAACAGGUAAGAACCAACAUAAAUGCAAGGAAUGCGGGAAAAACUUCAGUCAUGGUAAAGUCCUUGCUGAACAUCAAAGAUCUCAUGAAGGGGAGAAACCAUAUGAAUACUUAGAGUGCAGAGAGGACUUUGGUCAGCAUGGAACCCUUGUGGCACAUAGAAGGAUUCACACAGGGGAGAAGCCAUAUAAAUGCUUGGAGUGUGGAAAGAACUUUUCUCAAAGUGGGGACCUCACUAAACAUCAAAGGAUUCACACAGGGGAGAAGCCAUAUGAAUGUUUGGAAUGUGGGAAGAGCUUCAAUCAGAGUACAGGCCUUAUUCAUCACCGAAGGAUUCACACACGGGGGGAGAAGCCAUACAAAUGCUUGGAGUGUGGGAAGAGCUUCUCUUAUAGUGGUGACCUCACUAAACAUCAAAGGAUUCACACAGGGGAGAAGCCAUAUAAAUGCUUGGAAUGUGGGAAGAGCUUCAGUCAGCAUGCACACCUUAUUUCACAUCGAAGGAUACACACGGGGGAGAAGCCGUAUAAAUGCUUGGAGUGUGGGAAUAGCUUCAGUCACAGCACAGCUCUUACAUUGCAUCUCUGGCUUCACAAAGGUGAGAAACCAUAUCAGUGUUCGGAAUGUGGGAAGAGUUUCAAUCACAGCACAACCCUGACUCGUCACAGAAGGAUUCAUACAGGGGAGAAGCCGUAUAAGUGCUUGGAAUGUGGAAAGAACUUCUCUGACAGUGGCAACCUCACUAAGCAUCAAAGGAUUCACACAGGGGAGAGGCCAUAUAAAUGCUUGGAAUGUGGAAAGAACUUCUCUCACAGUGGCGACCUUGCUACGCAUCGAAGAAUUCACAGAGGGGAGAGGCCAUAUAAAUGCUCAGAUUGUGGCAAGAGCUUUUUUGAUCAGUCAGGCCUUAAUAAACACAAGAGGAUUCACACAGGAGAGAAGACAUAUAAAUGCUUGGAGUGUGGGAAGAGCUUCAAUCAGCGAGCACACCUCACUUCACAUCAAAAGAUUCACACAGGGGAGAAGCCGUAUAAGUGCUUGGAGUGUGGGAAUAGCUUCAGUCACAGCACAGCCCUUACAUUACAUUUCUGGCUUCACAAAGGUGAGAAACCAUAUCAGUGUUUAGAGUGUGGGAAGAGUUUCAGUCACAGCACAACCCUUUCUCAUCACCAAAGGAUUCACACAGGGGAGAAACCAUAUAAAUGCUCAGAUUGUAGCAAGAGCUUUUUUGAUAAAUCAAGCCUUAAUAAACAUCAAAGGAUUCACACAGGGGCGAAGCCAUAUAAAUGCUCUGAGUGUGGAAAGAACGUCUCUUUCAGUGGCUACCUCAUUACGCAUCAAAGGAUCCAUACAGGAGAGAAACCAUAUAAAUGCUCUGAGUGUGGUAAGAGCUUCAGUCAGCAUGCAAACCUCAUUAAACAUCAAAGGAUUCACACAGGAGAGAAGCCAUAUAGAUGCUCUGAGUGUGGAAAGAGCUUCUCACAAAAUACCCACCUAACUGUACAUCAACGCACUCACAGUGGGGAGAAGCCGUAUAAAUGUUUGGAGUGCGGGAAGAGUUUCCGUUGGAAGGGCAGACUUAUUUCACAUCAACACAUUCACACUGGGGAGAAGCUGUACAAAUGCUCAGAUUGUAUCGAGAGCUUUUCUGAUAAAAACCUGCCGAUCACACCUGCAGCUGACGCAGAAUAG